GCGCUGGCGGGGCCCGGCGCGGAAGAAACACAUCUCAGAACUGCUUUCCUCUGAAAAGAUACAGUAACUUCAUCUGCCCGGCUCUUCAGGAUUUCCUUGUUUUUUAUUCCAAGCUUUAUCAACUUGAACACAAAGGCACAUAAUCUUACGGGGACAGCAGAAGGUGAUACAGAGAAGGAAUAUACAGGGAGAGACCAGUCUUUUUUUGUGACCACAGUCAACCCAUGAAGAGUGAGUGCUCUCAGCCACCUACAAAAUACUGGGGAGAAAAUGUAUGCUAGUCGAGAGGAUAUUGGAUACGAUUUUGGAGAUGACUCAAAAGUGGGAAGUAAGCCAGUUAAGCCUAAUCCAAACAUCGAUGGAGGAUGGGCUUGGAUGAUUGUACUUUCCUCUUUCCUUGUGCACAUACUUAUCAUGGGGUCCCAAAUGGCCCUUGGAAUACUCAACAUGGAAUGGCUUGAAGAGUUUAACCAAAGUCGUGGCUUAACAGCAUGGGUUAGCUCCCUCAGCAUGGGCAUUACACUUAUUGUAGGUCCUUUCAUUGGUUUAUUCAUCAGCAUGUGUGGGUGCCGCAAGACAGCUAUAAUUGGAGGGAUAUUGAAUGCCCUAGGUUGGAUAUUGAGUGCUUAUGCCUCAAAUGUGCACUACCUCUUCCUUACUUUUGGAGUGACAGCCGGCAUUGGAAGUGGCAUGGUUUAUCUGCCUGCAGUGGUCAUGGUAGGACAAUAUUUUCAGAAGAGAAGAGCGCUUGCACAGGGACUCAGUACCACGGGAACAGGAUUUGGAGCUUUCCUAAUGACUGCCUUACUGAAGUACCUUUGCAUUGAAUUUGGGUGGAGGAAUGCCAUGUUCAUCCAGGGCGCCAUCUCCCUGAACCUUUGUGUCUGCGGGGCACUUAUGAGACCACUCUCUCACAAAGACAUUGUUAGUGAAAAAUACGUUGUGAGAAGUAAUAGUGAAGAUAAUCAGGCAAAAGUUCUGUCCCACUCUGCAGAGACUAUAAAAUCUAAUGGAGUCCUCAGUGAAGAACCAGAAAAAAAAGAAGCAGCAACAAAUGAAGAAGUGCUUGACAGUGUUCAGCACAUAGAAAUUGGAGGUAAAUCUAGAAGCGGAAGGAAUAUGUACGGACUGCGCAUUCUUAAGACAGUGAGCCAGCUGACAGUUACAGUCAGAAAGGGCUUUGCAAUAUGGUACUCCAGCUACUUUGGAGCUGCAUCACUGUUUACCAAUAGAGUAUUUGUGGCCUUUAUAAUUUGGGCUUUGUUUGCCUAUAGCAGCUUUGUCAUUCCCUUUAUUCAUCUUCCAGAAAUAGUCAAGCAGUACAACUUAUCUAGUCAGAACAAUAUAUUUCCUUUGACAUCCAUUAUAGCCAUUGUUCAUAUUUUUGGUAAAGUGAUACUUGGAAUCAUCUCUGAUCUCCCAUGCAUCAGCACAUGGAACGUCUUCCUCAUGGCUAACUUUACCCUGGUCACCUGCAUUCUUACUUUGCCGCUAAUGCAAACAUAUGUUAGCCUGGCUGUGGUUUGUGCUCUAAUAGGAUUUUCUAGUGGCUAUUUUUCUCUAAUGCCUGUUGUGACUGAAGAUUUAGUUGGAACUAAACACCUUGCAAAUGCCUAUGGCAUCAUCAUUUGUGCCAACGGAAUAUCUGCAUUGUUUGGACCACCCUUUGCAGGCUGGAUCUAUGACAUCACACAUAAAUACGAUUUUUCUUUUUACAUAUCUGGCUUGCUAUACAUGGUGGGAAUAAUAUUUUUACUUAUACAACCUUGUAUUCAAAAGAAACAACCAAGAGAAAAAUCUACAGAAGAAGCACAAGUAUAGAACAAAUGCCAGAAGUUUUUUUCUGAAUUUUUUUGUUUUUAUGUUUCUAUUGUAUGACAGUAUGAAGCUGUUUUUCUUAUGGAACCAACCACAUUGAGCUGUACUUAAGUGAAAAGCAAAUGUGCUCCAAAAUGCCAAUAAAUUAUUAGAAAUAUGCUUUUAAAA